GCAUAUACCACUGUGCCUUGCUCGUGCUUCCAAUACCAUCUCUCGUAUACCCGCUUAUAAUCACUCUUGACGACAACGACGAUGCACCUCUUUUCUGUCAUACCUAGAGGUGUCCUCACUCUGCUCUUUGCCUCGUUGCUUCUCUCAUUAGCGGAUGCACAUUCAUAUUUCAUCGUCACGAGUCCGACGCAAGGAACGCAGCUGCAGAACGGCGCUGCGAACCGGAUAACAUGGAUAAAAGGUCUUUUGGAUGACAUCGACGCAUUCGAUGUGGAGAUGUCGAGGUUAAGCGUCGACGGUCUUAUCCUUGUCGCAAGAGAUGUGCCGGCUGGAUCGGGGUCAUUCAACCUGUUCUUGCAAGACGUGCCCUCGGCAGACGACUACUACCUACUCUUCCUAAACUCGACGUCUGGCGUGAUGUUCACCACAUCCUCACGGUUUUCGAUUGGCGACAGCAGUUCGAAUGCGACAGCCACGGAGCCAGAGAGCAGUGCGCCUACGGUGACGAUAUCGGGAGGACCGAAUCCGUUGAACGACUUUGCGACGACGUUCCCACCGAGUGCGAAUGGGGUUGCGAUGCCGGGGUGGAAGGCGAUCGAGGGGAGCAAGGGGCAGUUGAUUGGCCUGUUUAUGGCCAUGAUGUUGUGUAUGGCUGGCGGGGCGUUCACGCUGCUGUAGCCAUUGUUUGACUGCCUCUCCCUUUCCAUAUCGCUUUUCGUGUUCUCUUGGUUUCGUGGUGCUAUCUAUUGGGUGUGUUGUCGGGGAGCGGAUGUGGAUAUCUUAGGGGUGAAGACGUUUACGAUGGUUGCCAAGGUAAGUACACUGGCGCGUGUACAUAGGAUUAGAAGAGAUGGGAAUAUAUUUGUUUGGACGAUCUGCGCGUUGUUUGUGAUGGUCUCCUGAUUAUUCGUGGAGAUAGAGUGUGUUUUGGGUAGUAAAGAACACUAAAGCACUCGUAAUACAUAGUGUGUUCUGGC